CGCCAUGUUAUCGGGGAGACGCUUUAAAUCACCGUCGCUUCUUAACCGGGAGAAGAUUACCCACAAGGCGUUUGAAACGCCGUCAGCUGUGGUAUACCUCGAUCUUUUCAUUCGUAAAUUUUAAAUUCGUAAUGUCACAGGCCGGCAAAGCAGCUGGCCUAAACGGGUUUUGAUUAUUUUUUUUACCUCCAUUGGUUUGAAGGCCAAAGCGGCUGCAAUGGAUUUUUAAGGCAUAAUGCGGCACCUCUAAUGCAACGGCAAUGCAUAGUGCAAGGCAAAAUCAACCGCGAAAUUCCAUCUUCGCAACUGCUAAGCAGUUGGGCUCAAAUACCGUCCGCGGUAUACCUGCGAGCCAACCGGUACCACUGCUCCUGGACCGGAGGAAGCUAACGCUAGCUAGCUAGCUAGUCCUCUUAGCUAAUAACAUCAAUUGAAAUAGUGACCCCAUCAAUUCAUCUCAACGUCGUCAACACACUUGAUCAAAAUGAAGCCUCAACACAUAACCACCGGGAAGACCAGCCUGUGGAUCUUCGGGUACGGGUCACUGGUGUGGAAGCCUGACUUCAAGUACAGGAGGAGCCAGGUCGGUUACAUUCAAGGCUACAAGAGACGGUUCUGGCACGGAGACAACUUCCAUCGCGGGAACGACAUGUUGCCCGGAAGAGUGGUGACGCUGAUUGAAGAUGAUGACGCGAGCACUUGGGGUGUGGCGUUCGAGGUGACAGGCUCUGAAGUCGAGGAGUCCCUGAAGUACCUCAACGUGCGCGAGACGGUCUGUGGCGGCUACAUCACCAAAAUGGUGGAUUUCUUCCCCGAGGGGGAGAACCAGCCUCCGGUUCAGGCGCUGGUGUACAUCGCCACCUCCGACAACGCCCUCUACCUUGGGCCGGCCAGCCCGGAGAUGAUUGGCAUCCAGAUCGCGGUGUGCAGAGGGAAGACGGGCCACAACCUGGAGUAUCUGCUCCGGCUGGCUGAGUUCAUGAGGAACAGCUGCCCGCACGUGGAAGACAAUCACCUGUUCUCCAUCGAGAAAGCAGCACUGACCAUGGCGUCCUCGCUGACCGUGGCGUCCUUUCUGUUGGCAGCCCAGUAGCUCGUACCCUUUGUCUCACUAUCUUAUACUGUAUGGUGGAUGAAUACGUUACACACACACACACACACACACACACACACACACACACACACACACACACACACACACACACACACACACACACUAUGAGGCUUUUCAUAUGCCAUGCCACCUAUGUUUUUGUUGUAUAAUAUAGCUUCAUACUACCAUCCAUUGUACUUGAAUCUAAUACUCCAGAAGCGAUAACAAAAGGGAAGCACGAUAUUGUGUUUUUGUUUUUCAGAAGCAUGACCAUAUGUUCACAUUGUAAAGUUACUCCUGGUACAUGUUUGUGAAUCAGUUACAAAAUGUAUGAUUACUUAAUUGACUGUAAACAUCUGCAGUGUGUGGUUUUUUUUUGAAAUUUUUUUGAAAUUUUUUUUUAAAUUCACACUAACUUUUAUUUUAUUUGCACAGUUCAGAUUCCGUCCAGCCACUACAGACGGGACAGGAAUUAAUUGUGGUAGUUGAACCUGUUUGCAAUAAAUGGCUGCUGUGAUAAUGUGUAUUUCUUUUUCAAAGGUAAAAAGUUGCCUGUGGCAACCUUUUAACUAGUUGUGAACACUAAUAAAAUUAAAAGAACUCUU